CUCUCCGGCCAUCUUGAAUUCCGCUCACUCAGACCCGCGACUCGCGGCUGCCGCACGUACCCUGCUCACGCCCGCCGCUCGAUAAUUCCACAGUGAACCUAGUGUUUUAGUGUCAUGUGAUAGUGUAGUGUUAACAAUGGAGUCCACGCCGAUCUGCCGGUGCCGUGUGCUGUACCUCGGUUCGGCGGUCCCGCAGCAGAGCAAGGACGGCCUGCAAGGCAUCCAGGAGCCGCUGCGCGAACUGUAUCCGGAAAAGGGAGCGACAACCGGUGGCAUAGACUCGUGGCUUUCGGUGUGGUCGAAUGGAAUUUUGUUAGAGAAUGUGGACGAAAGCGGUUCGAGAGUGUCUAGAUUUUUUCCUAUAUCGAGCCUCCAUUAUUGCGCUGCCGUGAGACGUGUCAGUGUCGAGGGUGCGCCGAGAUUUUUGCCUUUGGACUCUCCAUUUGCUAGAGCGCCCGCGGCACGGCGGCCUCCUUUAUUCGCGGCGGUUCUACGACGCACUCAAGGUAUUAAAGUUCUAGAAUGUCACGCAUUUAUAUGCAGACGUGAAGCUGCGGCCAAUGCGCUGGUUCGAUGCUGUUUCCACGCAUAUGCGGAUAGCUCAUAUGCUAAACGCUUGGAAGCCGAGCGAUCGCCAUCGCAGCUGGCGCCUGAACAAGACGAGGAAGUGGAAGUGUUCGACGGCGAUGAGAACCACAAAGUGUGGAUAGGUGAAGUGGAGAGGGAUGAUGCCAGCGAUGAGAUCCCCCAUCCGGCCAGAGCGCCUCGCCCGCGGCAGAUAACUCGACCCGCAUCCGUGCCUCCUCCACCCCCGCCUCCCGAAGAGCCCAAAAAGAAAUCCACAAUUAAAAAGUCAAAGAAAAAAUCAUCAGCAUCAGCAGACGAAUUGUACGCUACGAUGCCGGGCCCAGCGCCGCACAUGAACGGAAGGUCUUUAGGGCGCGCUCCGCCAGCUUGGGCGGCCGCCCAUCCAAUGGUCUUGGUGGCUCAUCCGGCAGCUACGUUACCGCACGCUAGGCCAGGGACACUGGGCCAUAGAGGCCGCGUCCCAGCUGCCUUGGCUCCAGGCCCCUACGCUGCGCUUCCUCCCCCGGGAAGGGGUAGGAUACAAUACGCAACCGUCGAUCCCAGACGCUCAAAACCGCCACCGCCACCGGCUCUUAAAGCCGCUCAAAGCAUGACUGGUUUGGAAGCUGUGGAAGAUGCUGGUGGUAUUUAUAGGAAGAAGGGACACUUAAACGAGCGUGCUUUUUCUUACAGUAUUAGGCAAGAGCACAGGAGUCGAUCACAUGGAUCUCUAGCUAACUUAAAGUUCGCUGCUCCACCUGAGGUGGAGACAGGUCGUGAAGAACUGAAAAAGGAGCGAGAGAUCAUGCAGCUGGUGGCCGGGCUGCAGCUUAACUCGGAUGAAAUCGAGCGACGUGAGCUACCUCCGCACAUGAUGAGAGGCAGGCAUGCGCCUAGAUAACAUCAUGCCACAUUCACCGGCAGUGCCAUCACAACCAAAAGCAAUAAAAUCUUAAAUCGCGUGCGCCUUCCGAGUGCUGUUAAUGACAGAUAAUAGUCAUAUAACACGAACUAAUUUAUUCUUAUAAAGUGAUUCGAUAUACCGUGGCAAUCGAAAGUAGAUUAACCAUUUAAUCGAUUCGAAUAUCUAGGUAAAUCGAUUUAACGACACCAAUUUUUCAUGAGCAUGUUAAAAUGAAUGUUAGUUUAAUAUACCUUAGAAACGAAUAUAUUAAAUGUAAACAGUAUAAAUGUGUAGUUUAAGCGUAGAUUACUUUUUGUAAAACAUUUUUUUACCAAAUGUAACAGUUUUGAAGAUCUUUUGGUUGUAAGGUUUUAAAUCUUUGAUUAUUUGCAUGUCAAGAUAGAUGAUGAGAAGGAACAUUUAUGUAUCUGUCACUCGAUUGUCACGCACAGAGUUAGCAUGAGCGUGACACUAUCCAGUCAAUAAAUAAUCAAAGGUUAAACAAGUUAAAAGCGGGAGUAUAUUUAUAAGUUUAUUAAGAUGUAAUGUCGGUUGUAUAGUCAAUGUGUUGCAAAUUCGUCAUGUACUUUACCAUAUUUUGUAUUUGUUUAUUUAUGAAAAACACAAAAAUGUAUCCCAUCUUUCCAUCACUAUUAAUACAUACGACUAGACUAUAGAAAGGGUUCGCUAGUUUUUGAAGAAUUUGUCAUUUAACAAUAUUUAGAUAAUUUCUCGGCAUAAUGUGUUUUGUACUAAAAUCUAACGACAAUAAGGUAAACAUGUAAAAUAGAAUACAAUAAAAUAAAUAACUAGAGCCUAAACUUCAGAAUCUUGGCGGUAUUUUCCUAAACACAUAACGUAUAAUUUAUAUAGCCUUUGAACAUAGAAAACGGUACCUGUGGGCUUAUGACUCAUAAAAUAAUAUUACUGCGUCAUCUUCGAAUCCGCUUUGUUAAUGUAACUUCGUAAAAUACAUUUUCGCAUGAGUUACCGGGAGUUUACUGUUAAAGAUUUACUGAGAGAGAUUAAAGGAAGAUGGUUUUACAAAGUCGUUAUGAAAAGGUUAGUGAGAGACCAUCGUUGUCGAUACGGAUGUGUUUAUAUACGCGAUAAUGAGACAAUACAAAACAUUUACUGAUUUUAUAGUAUGAGCCGAGUCUAAAAAUAAUCAUCGGUAUGUUAGUAAUAAACCAAAACGUUUAAUGAAAUUUAUUCGUGUUUGAAUUGUUAUAAUGGAAGAAGAACAAUAUAUCUUCAUGGGUUGAGUACUUCGUACCUUAUAAAUUGAAGUUAUUCUUAACUUAAAUAGAGGACAAAUAACUCUCUUAAAAUCUAAGGUAAAAUUCAAAAACUUAUAUAAACAUAACAAGAACUGAAACAAUGAUCAAUACAAUGAGUUAUUAAGGUUUUACUGCCAGGCUAAUCACGAUACAUUGUUUGUCAAUGGUUCCAUUCCAUUGUUUAGUUACGAAUACUUCAAACAAAAUCUUUACCUAUACUUUUAUUUUAUUGGUUGAGUACUGCUAUGUUCUGGUUAAUACUCUGGUUUCUGAACUAUCUAUUUUAUAUACAAAGAAAUUAUUUUUAAACAAUCGUACUGGUCUGGUGACCUGUUGUAUAAAAAUAAAUACCAUUUUACUGUAACGUUUUUUAACCUUAUGAAUAACAUCGUAUUACUUUUUUCACAACAAGAUUAUUGUUUCCAACAUGUAAAAAUACCUAUAAUAUAUGAAAAUAAACAGCUGCAAUGAUAAAUACCUGAAUAGAAGCACACAUAGCAACAUUUUGCCAUGAAAAUCUUUGAUCCUCUACUUUUGUAAUAAAAAUAUUAUUGUAUCAUCUUAUCAUCAUAUUUUUAUAUGUAUCUUUUAUCAUUAUUUGUUCUUUACCUUUUUCAUAAAAGUCCUUAACAGUUCGUAAAAUGCUUGGCUCCGGUUGAGAACCAAAAAGUAUUUAUGUACCUAUCUCACACUGUAUAUCUACGGCCUAAACCGAAACCCAAUUUUUUCAUUUGCUAAUUUUUUAUUUAGCAGACUUUGGGUUUAUGUAAUUGUUCUUAAAUAAUAGAUUACCAUCUUUUAUGCGGUUUAUGUUAUUCACACGUUUUUAAGAAAAUAUGGGCCUUUUCAAGUGAGGAGUGUGGUUGUUCACUGAAAUAUCUGAUGUGUAAUAAUUAUCGUAAUGAUUGAUUAAUAUUGUACCUACAUAAUAGUACACACUAUUUAACCUCAUUUUAAAUUUAUUAUAUAAAAUCUGUACAUAUAUAUUUGUACAAAUCUAAGGAUUAAGUUUUAUAAAUAUCAUAUGUAAUUAGGUUUGCAUUUGUUAUGGUAGUUACAACACAUAAAUAAUUUUAAUAAUGAAUAUAGUAAAAUAAAGAAUUAUUAGCGUUUAUGAAUUCUGGUGGCAUGUAAAUAAAUAUAUAUCAUUCGGAAAUAUAGGCUAUGAGUGCCAUUAAAGUUAUUAUUUUUUUAUAUUGUUGUAAACAUCGAAUUUUUCAAUUCAAUUCCUUAAUCUAUUUAAAUAUAAGGUAUGCAGUAUGUACAGUACAUUUGUAGGAUAUGUCUCGUAAUAUUGAAUUGUAAUUUUCAAAUAAUGGUGUAAUCAAUUUAUUCACUCAUAAUUGCAUAUUCUAAAUUAAAGAUUAAUAAAAAA